AUGUCAGACCUCAAGGCGACAGUUGCCGAGACGGCGACUGGUUUCGAUGUCAAAGGUGUAGAGGAGAUUAACUAUGGUUUCACUUUUAUUGAUGGUGUCUUCGAUACACCAAAUGGCCAGCUUGCUGAAUGCUACAAGAAAUGGGGCAGAUGCCUAGCAGUCAUGGACCACAACAUUUUCUCCGUCUAUGGAGAAAAAGUCCAAAAGUACUUCGACCAUUACGAUAUUGACCUUGACGUGCACAAAACCAUGAUUGGUGAAAAAGCCAAGUCAAUUGACACCUUCUUGAGCAUUGUUGACUCCAUGAACAAGUUCGGAAUCUACCGAAAGGAACCUGUUCUCGUCAUUGGCGGUGGACUUGUUACUGACGUUGCUGGGUUUGCAUGUGCCGCGUAUCGCAGAAACACAAACUUCAUCCGAGUCCCAACCACCGUCAUUGGAUUGAUUGAUGCGUCUGUCUCGAUCAAAGUCGCUGUCAACUAUGGCAACUACAAAAAUCGGCUCGGUGCCUACCACGCACCUAUGCAAACAUUCUUAGAUUUCACCUUCCUCCGAACACUUCCAGAGGCCCAGAUCCGUAAUGGUUUCGCCGAGCUCAUUAAGAUUUCGACCUGUGCCCAUCUUCCCACCUUCGAACUUCUCGACAAGUAUUGUGAACAGCUCAUCACGACCGGUUUUGGUCGUUGUGAUGGUGCGGCACAAGAAGUGCGGGAUGCUGCGGAUACUAUCAACCGCAGUGGUAUCCACGAGAUGCUGAAGCUGGAGACGCCCAAUCUUCAUGAACUUGGGUUAGACAGAGUCAUCGCGUAUGGCCAUACGUGGUCACCACUCCACGAACUUGUUCCAGAAGUUCCCCUACGACACGGUCAUGCUAUCUCAAUAGACAUGGCAUAUUCAGCAACUCUCGCCAAUAUGCGUGGUCUCCUCAGCAACGAGGAACACAAGAGGCUAUUGAACCUCUUUUCCAGAGCUGGUCUUUCCAUGGAUCAUCAUCAGUUCGAUGAACAAAUUCUCGAGAAGGCUACUCAAGCCAUUCUGAGAACUCGAGACGGCAAGCUCCGUGCUGCUGUCCCUAGCCCACUGGGACAGUGCGUUUUCUUGAACGACGUUGCCAUGGAGGAAAUGUUCGCCGCUCUCAAGAAACACAAGCAGAUCAUGAAAGGUUACCCCCGAAAUGGAGAAGGUCUUGAGGCCUUUGUUGACGCCAGUGACACUGGCUAUACCAUGAAUGAUCAACCCGUUGAACAGAACGGCAUCUCUGAUGGCUUAAAGAAGAUUAGUGUCCUCAACGAUGAUACCAAGGCUGAUAGCAUAGCGUCCAACGGGCUGAAUGGAACGAAUGGACAAAACGGCCAUGCGACGAAUGGUAAAGUCAACGGCGCUUCGCAGGCUACCAAGCAUGCAUCGGGCCCAGAAGGUGUUGAUGGCCUUCAGAAUGGUGCCACUGAUGUGAAGUCGAGGCUAAGCAAUGGCAAGCAAAAUGGAGUCACCAAUGGGACAAAUGGCCAUAGCAACGGUGUUAGCAACGGUGUUCAUUAG